UGAAUAGAUUUAAUUUGAUAUUCCCCCGGCCCACAAAAAAUGUCUCGGCAGCCAGAGAGCUCUCAACCGCCGAGUCUUGCCGAGCUGCUUAGAGCACUGAAGGACACCAGAGCUGACAAAACCUACCUUUUGGUGUUGAUGGGACUCGAACUGGACACAGUUAGAAAAAUGGAGAUACAAAACUGUCGCCAGGAAGACAGGACUUUCAUGGAAUGCCUUGACUAUUACCUCAAGAAUUGUGCCAGGCCUGGGCAAGAAUGGGAACAGAUCGUGAAGGCUCUCAUUGAUAGCAAGGACCCACAAACUGCAGAAGAAAUAAGAAGAACUUACCUAUCAUCAUCUCAAACUCUUGAGCCAAAUGAUUCAACAGCUACAAUCACUUCUGCAGCACCAGCCAGUAGCGUAGAGACAGACGAAGUAGAUCAGUCAUAUCUAAUGUUUGAACCUCCUUCACAACCACAUCCUCCUCUCCUGCAACUGGACUCUACAGAAACCGAUGAACUUAUGGAUUAUCUAAAAAAAAUGAAGACAAUGACAAGAGCAAAAUACAACGAAGCGAAGACAAACAUUGAAGGUCGUUGGUACGACAUAGAGAGCACGUUGGAAAGAGAGCAUGAUAAUGCAACAAGAGAACUGAGUAACUACAAGCAGAGGGUGGAGAGGAGCUCUGAUAAACUGGAGAGAAAUAUUCAAGAGCUAAAAGAGAAGACAACAGAUCAACAAGCUGUUGUAAAGGAUGCUAUUAGCAAGCUCAAGCAAGGGGACAGCACUAGACUGGUAGCCAUUAAAGAAACUUCAGAUGAGAUUUUAGAACUGGAAAAACUAACACACAGUUUAGAGAAGAACCUAGAGCGUUACAAGAGACAUACUCCGAAACCAUACAUCAGCUCAGCAACAAAAGACACUGUGAUACAAGACCUUCAAGAAAUAUUAAGUGUUGGGAGUACUACAUGUUCCGAACUUGAUGAGAGUGAGUACAUGUAUGAAUGUAGCCUGUGGAAAUGAGACCAUUAUUAUUAUUAUUAUUAUUAUUAUUAUUAUUGUGUUUGUACCUUGUCUUGUGCUGAUUGUAUGUAGUUCAUUUGUUUACUAAAAGUGUAUUCUAUAAUAACUUAUCAUAGAUUCAUAGUGA